AUGAAAGGUGGUUUCAGUGUGCAACUCAUUCACCGAGAUUCUCCAAACUCUCCAUUCUACAACCCUACCGAAACCCCUUUUCAGCAACUUCACAAGGCUUUUCAACGCUCCUUUCAUCGAGUGAACCACUUUUAUCCAAAAUCAAAAGCUUCCCAAGAGACACCACAAUCUGUGAUAAGCUCCAACCAAGGAGAAUACUUAGUGAAGUAUUCUAUUGGAACACCACCUUUUGAAGUGAUUGGAAUUGCUGACACGGGGAGUGACCUUGUUUGGUCACAGUGCAAGCCCUGCGAUCAGUGUUACAACCAAAAGAGUCCAUUGUUUGACCCUUCAAAAUCCUCAACUUACAAACCUGUGUCUUGCUAUUCUAGGGUUUGUGGAUUGGUUGGUGAAACCUCUUGCCACUCUGAUAGUGAUUCCAGUUGCGAGUACACUAUUUCAUAUGGUGAUGGAUCGCAUUCAGAAGGAACUCUUGCCUUUGACACACUCACGUUGGACUCUACUACAGGUUUGGAAUGGACUUUGCUUGAUAUUCCCAUUGGCUGCGGUGUAAACAAUGCCGGUACAUUUGAUUCUCAAGGGUCAGGCAUAGUUGGUCUAGGAGGUGGUGUUGUUUCACUUAUCACCCAAAUAGGUCCUUCAAUUGAUUUCAAAUUCUCCUAUUGCUUGGUACCAAUGUCUGAAUCCAAAACCACAAGUAAAUUAAACUUCGGAAAAAAUGCUGUGGUGGCUGGUCCUGGAACAGUGUCUACUCCAAUCAUAACUGGUUCUGUUGAAACAUUCUAUUAUCUAAGAUUGGAGGGAAUGAGUGUUGGAACAAAAAGGAUUGAGCUUUUAGAUGAUUCAACAAUCUCAAAUGUCACUGACGGUAACAUAAUAAUCGAUUCAGGGACCACUCUUACCUUAUUGCCACAAAGUUUUUACUCCAAAUUGGAGUCAGCAGUGGCAUCACGUAUCAUCUUAGAACGUGUUAAUAGCACAAACGAAAUUUUAAGCCUUUGUUACAAGUCUACACCAAAUAGUGUGAUUGAGGUUCCACCUGUUACAGCACAUUUUACUGGUGCUGACGUUGUGUUGAACUCUUUGAACACUUUUGUUAGUGUUUCUGAGGAAGUAUCAUGCUUUGCUUUUGCACCCAUUGCAACAGGUUCAAUAUUUGGAAACAUAGCUCAGAUAAACCACUUGGUUGGAUAUGAUUUUGUGAAGAAGACUGUGUCCUUUAAGCCCACUGAUUGCACCAAGAUCUAAUUAAUAUCCAAAUGUGUUAA